AUGCUGUCUGCAAUUCUUUUCCUCGUAGGAGUUGCCCACGCAAUACUCUACCUUCGGACCAGACCUCGCAAGAACCUCCCUCCUGGUCCCAAGCCCCUCCCCAUCCUCGGCAACAUCAGAGACAUGCCAGAUGGGACAACCCCAGAAUACCAACACUGGAUCAAGUUCAAAGACCUGUACGGUCCAAUCAGCCAUGUCUCAAUCCUCGGCCAAUCCCUCAUCAUUCUUCACGACCGUGACGCUGCGAACGCUAUCCUAGAGAAAACAUCCACAAAGACUUCAGGAAGGCCACAGUUCGUAUUUGGAAAUGAAAUGUGCGGCUACAAUCAAAUCCUCAGCUUCAAGCCAUACGGGAAACAAUUAAAACAACAUAGAAAAUUAGUUCAUCAGCAAUUGGGCACGAAAACCGCGGCAUCGCGAUUUCGAGACGUUCAAGACGUGGAAUCACGCCGGCUUCUGCUGAGGAUCUUGGAGACACCUGAGAAGUUGUCGACGCAUAUCAAGACGCGAGUGCCCGUACUUCCUCAUCGGCAGUCUCUUGCUGACUUCCCGUUCCAGCGAAGCAAGCGCUAUAAUUCUGAAGAUGACAUACGGCUACAACCUCGAGCCGCACAAACCGGAUCCACUAGCGCUCUUGAUAGAGCAGAUGAUGCAUAA